AUGAAUCUUCUGCAGCUGAAGUCGCUUAUGAGGAAUUUCGUUGAAGAUAGGAUUCAAAUAGAACCUUUCAAUCUUGACAAAAAAAGGGAUGAAGGCCAUUUUGAUGCAGAGGGAAAUUUUGUUGAAUAUGUCAAUGAGAAUGAACUCAAGGAUGCGUGGCUUGACAGUGUUGAAGUUGAUCCAAGAUUUGCUAGUUAUAGCUCUAUGGCAACAACAAUUGAAGAUGAUAAUAAAAAUGAUUCAAAUGAACUUUCAUCUGAAGACAUUGAAAUAAUAAAGGGGCGUAUUGCCAACUUGCUUGAGCCAGAGGAAACGAGUGUAAUGUAA